AAACGUUACACUUGGUACCACCGUGAACAUGCAGUGUUUGUUUUUACCGCGUUGUUACAGUGUAAACGUCUAUUUCGAAUUUUGUUCUACUUCGUUUUGAAUCUUUAUAUAUUUCUCGUCUAGAAGACGAUGUUUCCACAAAGCUCGCAAAGAAAGUAUUGGAUGUUUAGCGAUGAAAAUGAUCUGACAGCUCUGAGAGAAAAGACCAAUGCAGAGUUUAUUGAAAGGCAUGGGGCGAAUAUGACGCUGUGUUUAUUUUUAUCUAAUUUUUUUUGUAUACAACAUAUAAAGCCUGAAGAAAGGGAAGAGUAUUUCUUAUCGCAUACUGAGGAACGUACUUUGUUACGUUUCUAUGAAUUGCAAUUGAGAGAUUUCUGUCGGCGCUUCAGCCCUCCAAUGCCAAGAGCUACUAUAGCAACUGCCUUACAUUACUUUAAAAGAUUUUAUCUGAGAAACAGUGUUAUGGAUUAUCAUCCAAAAGAGAUUCUAGUCACAUGCGUCUACUUGGCUUGCAAAGUAGAAGAAUUCAAUGUUUCCAUAUAUCAGUUUGUUGCUAACAUUAAGGGGGAUAGAGAAAAGGCAUCCGAUAUUAUAUUGAACAAUGAACUGCUUCUUAUGCAGCAAUUGAAUUACAAUUUAACUGUACAUAAUCCAUUUAGACCCGUGGAGGGACUCAUGAUAGAUAUCAAGACAAGGUAUACUUCUCUGGAAAAUCCAGAAAGGCUGAGGCCAUACAUAGAUGAAUUUCUGGAAAGAGUAUUCUUGACCGAUAGUGUGUUGCUUUAUACUCCAAGUCAGGUUGCUUUAGCUGCAACACUGCAUGCUGCAUCAAGAGCCUCUGCUAACUUGGACAAUUAUGUCACUGAUAUCCUAUUUUCUAAGGAACAUUUAGGGUGCAUAAUUGAAGCAGUAAGAAAAAUUAGAUCAAUGGCUAAAUGUGUAGAACCUCCCUCUAGGGAAGUGGUAAGGUCUUUGGAAAAAAAACUAGAGAAAUGUAGGAACCAGGAAAAUAAUCCUGACAGUGAAAUAUAUAAACAGAGAAUGCAAGAAAUGCUGGAUGAAGAAGACUUGCAAGACAACGAAAAGUAUGCUAAAAUUAUGCAAGAUCAGGCUGCACACGAUGAGAAGAUUUUGGGUGUCAGCAAAGUUCUGUCUCCUUCUGCUCUUUAAUAAAUCCUUGUUUUUCAGAUACUAUCAAUAUCACUUUUUUAUACCUUUAUCUAUUGUACAGAUAAUAAAUAAUUUAUUUAUUUCUAUUUUUUUAUAAUAGCAUACAAGAAAGGAUUUCACUAUUAUUUAAUAAAUAAUCAUAUCAACCUGUAUCAUUUAGAAAUAAAAAUAUAUUUGU